AGGCAGAGGAGAAAAUAGAGUUAAGGAGAAAUGGUAAAAGUUUUUCCGUAAAGAUAAUUUGGCCCCCGCGGGGAGAAAAGCCCUUCCAGGCCAGCUUCCUGGCCAGAGAACCCGGGGUCGCCAGCGGAACGCAGGUGUGCGAGAGCCGGGAGCGGGCCGAGCCCGGCCACCAAGGACUGUACGGCAGCCGGGGAGCGUUUUGGCGGGGACACAGGGCCGCCAGCUGGCCGCCGCGAUGCUCCCCUCCUUGCAGGAAUCACUGGAUGGGGAUGAAAAGGAGCUAGAGAGCAGUGAGGAAGGUGGCUCCGCCGAGGAGCGGAGACUCGAGCCGCCGCCCAGCAGCCACUACUGUCUCUACAGCUAUCGCGGAAGCAGACUGGCACAGCAGCGAGGGGACAGUGAUGAUGGAAGCCCAAGUGGCACAAAUGCAGAAACCCCCUCUAGUGAUGAUUUCAGCCUCUCUUUGGCGGAUACUAAUCUAGCACCGGAAGUGGAGCCAGAGCUGCGCAGUUUCAUUGCUAAGCGUCUUUCUAAGGGAGCAGCCUUUGAAGGACUGGGUAAUGUUGCAUCUGUGGAGCUGAGAAUUCCAGAUUACCACAUUGGUUGUUAUUACUGUCUUUUCCAACAAGAAAAACUGCCUACUGAAACAGCAACAAAGGACCCUGAACAUAACCCUUCAGAGUAUGUGGUCUGUUUUUUAGGAGGAUCUGAAAAAGGACUUGAGCUUUUCAGGCUUGAAUUGGACAAAUACAUUCAAGGGCUGAAAAAUAACAUGAACUGUGAGGAAAGGGGCCUGGAAAACCACAUCAAGUCCUACCUGAGCAGCUGGUUUGAGGAUGUUGUAUGCCCAAUCCAAAGGGUGGUUCUUCUCUUUCAGGAGAAACUUACCUUUCUGCUACAUGCCGCUCUGAGUUAUACUCCUGUUGAGGUUAAAGAAUCAGAUGAAAAAACAAAGAGAGACAUUAACAGGUUUCUGAGUGUCGCUAGUCUUCAAGGCCUUAUUCAGGAAGGCACCAUGACAUCUUUGUGCAUGGCCAUGACGGAGGAGCAGCGUAAAGCUGUGAUCAUCGACUGCAGUAGCCCCCAGCCUCAGUUCUGCAAUGCAGGAAGUAAUCGGUUUUGUGAGGAUUGGAUGCAGGCUUUUUUGAAUGGUGCUGAAGGAGGUAACCCUUUUCUUUUUCGACAAAUACUAGAGAACUUUAAACUAAAGAGGUCUAAGGACAUGACUCACCAAGCCAUUUCUUUUCCUUUAAUGAGAAAUACAAUUCAGGGUCUUCAUAAAGGCUUUCCUAUGGUUUUAUUUUAUUUUAUUUUUGCGGGGGAGAGUUGGGUUGGGGAACUCCUAUUCAUCUGUUGAUGGAUGUCCUGGGCUGGUCCUUGAAAUUUCUUACUAUUUUUCUUUUUUUUUUUAUUAAGGUAUUAUUGAUAUACACUCUUAUGAAGGUUUCACAUGAAAAAACAAUGAGGUUACUACAUUCACCUCUAUUAUCAUGUCCCCCCUAUACCCCAUCAGUGUAGUAAGAUGCCACAGAGUCACUAUUUGCCUUCUCUGUGCUACACUGUCUUCUCCAUGAUCCCCCCCACACCAUGUGUGCCAAUCAUAAUACCCCUCAAUCCCAUUCUCCCUCCCUCCCCUCCCCUUUCAUAACCGCUAGUCCCUUCUUGGAGUCUGUGCAUCUGUUGCUAUUUUGUUCCUUCAGUUUUGCUUCAUUGUUACACUCCACAAAUGAGGGAAAUCGUUUAGUACUUGUCUUUCUCCGCCUGGCUUAUUUCAUUGAGCAUAAUAUCCUCCGGCUCCAUCCAUGUUGUUGCAAAUGGUAGGAUUUGUUUCUUUCUUAUAGCUGAAUAGUAUUCCAUUGUGUAUAUGCACCACUUCUUUAUCCAUUCAUCUACUGAUGGACACUUAGGUUGCUUCCAUAUCUUGCCUAUUGCAAAUAUUGCUGCAAUAAACAUAGGGGUGCAUAUGUCUUUUUGAAUCUGAGAACUUGUAUUCUUUCAGUAAAUUCCUAGGAGUGGAAUUCCCAGGUCAAAUGCUAUUUUUAGUUUUAGUUUUUUGAGGAACCUCCAUAUUGCUUUCCACAAUGGUUGAAUUAGGUUACAUUCCCACCAGCAGUGUAGGAGAGUUUCCCUUUCCUAUGGUUUUAAAUUUAAUGACCUGGAUUAUAGGCAGUGUAGAAAAAAAUCGAAGUAGCAUUUUUAAAAUAGCAUUAAAUUCAGAACUAUGGAAAAUAAUUUAAUGGCAGUACCCUUGAAUCUGAGUUUUUCUAAUGUACUUGGUUGCCCACUUAUAAGUCAUUUUUUAAAGUAAACAUUAAGAAAUUGACAUUUUGAGUCUGAAAAAUGUAUUUUUCAUUUUCAAAUUCACAUGUCAUCAAGAGUCCAUGUUGCAAGUGGCAUUUAAAAGGAAACGUAUUACCUGCUUCAAGUCACUUAAGGAUAUAAUUAAGGUAUAAUUACAUGUUCCUUAUGUGUACUUUAAUAUGUAUUUUUUGUAGUGUAGGCUCACUCCAUUACACAGGUGUAUACAAUACAGUCUUAUUUUAAUAGUCUGUGACAAACUGUGUAUCACUACUGUAGACAAGGAAAAUGGUGACAUGGAAUUGAAUAUCUUGUUGGCCAUGAAAAGAAACGCAAAGAGGUCAUGACCAAAAACAUGUACUGUAUUUAAAUCUUAAUAAGCUAAGAUGUUCACUUUUAAAGUUUUAAGAAUGGUUUGUUCAGGUGUGGAAUACAUCUGUAUUAUUUGUGUGCUAUAUACACAGAGAGGAAAUGUGUGUUGUGUUUCAAAAAUGGUCUCAGUUUAUCUGUAAUUAUAUUUGUAAUAAUAAUAAUAAAACAACUUACCUUCUCA